AUGAGCCGACACCAGAUCAACGAGCACCGUAGCUACGCCGCCGUAUUCGACGAAGAGACCCGUGCCGCCGUCGCAUCGCACCCAGCGGUGGCGCUCGUCGAGCGUGACGGAAUCGUCAACAUUGGGCACCAAGUGCCUAUCGAUGGCGAGGAUAUGAACUACGAGGACCAGCGACGCGCCUGGGGCCUCGUUUCCAUGUCGCUCAACUGGACCUCGGGCACCCCGCUGGCCGCCGAUGGCUACCGCUUCUACAAGGAUGGCCAGGGCCAAGGGCUGACGGCCUACGUGGUGGACUCAGGCGUGCGCAUCACGCACGGCGACUUUGAGAAGCGAGCGGGUUAUGGCGCCAACUUCGUCAAGACGGAGGAACGCGUAGAUGGGAAUGGCCACGGCACCCACGUGGCAGGCACCAUUGGCGGCAAGACAUUUGGCGUGGCCAAGCAGAUCAACAUCAUCUCAAUCAAGGUGCUUGAUAAGAACGGUAACGGCCCCAUGGCGCAAACGCUCGAGGGCUUCCAAUGGGCCUAUCAACAUACGCGCCGCAACAAGCGCCUCAACAAGUCGUUGGGCAAGUACUCGGCCGGCGGCACGGGUGAGAGUAGCGCAGCGAUGCGUGAUGCGAUCCGCGAGAUGCAAAAGGCCGGCAUGGCCGUGUUCGUGUCGGCGGGCAAUGACGCUACGAACAUCUUUACGAUCGCCUCGGCCGGCAACACGCUCUUGCGCGCCCGCGAUAGCAACUACGGCAAGCUUGUCGACAUGUUUGGUCCCGGUGUGGAUAUCCUAUCGUGCGGCCACAAGUCGGACAAGGCUACCGCCAGGCUGUCGGGCACCUCACAGGCCGCGCCGCAUGUCACGGGUUUCGCCAAGGCUACUGUACAGGGGAUCUCCGGCAGGGUUCUUCGCCAUUUUCUUCAGCUGAGCAAACUUUCUCGGCGAUCCGCCGAUCAAGAGACCUCGGCAUGA